AUGGACGGUUACUACAUCUGGACUGUCGGCUGCCAAAUGAAUAAGGCAGAUUCUGAACGCCUCGAGAGCGCGCUGGGGCAGAUGGGACUCGCCCCGCGUCCAUCGCCGAAAGAGGCGGAUGUCAUCGUGCUGAACAGCUGUGUCGUGCGCCAGAGCGCCGAAGAUCGCGUCGUUGGUAUGAUGACCAGCCUGAAGCCGCUCAAGCAGCGCAACCAGGACAAGGUUGUGGCGCUGAUGGGAUGCAUGGUCGGUCCCAAGACGGACGAUCUCGAAAAACGCUUCCCCUACGUUGACGUCUUCAUGCAGCCGCAACAGUAUCAGCCUCUGAUAGACCUGCUCGGCGAACGCAUGGAUAUCGACACUGAAGGCUGUAUCGGUCCGCUCGUAGCACGCCCGGAUGUUGCGACAUACAUCCCCAUAAUUCACGGCUGCGACAAGUUCUGCACAUUCUGCAUAAUCCCGUAUAGGCGUGGCAGGGAAGUCAGCCGCCCGGUUGCGGAGAUUGUGCGCGAAGCCGAAAUGCUGGUCGAGCGCGGCGUAAAGGAAGUCACCCUGCUGGGUCAGAAUGUUGACUCCUACGGUCAUGACCUGCCUGAUGAACAUGACCUGGGAGACUUGCUCACGGCUGUCAACGAUGUUUCUCGGGCUUGA